AAGGUAAUUAAUCUCCACGCUUCUCUCUCUGCAAUUACUCCUUGAGAGCAUCUCUCUCUAGAAUAUCGAGUAUUGCUGACUUAAGCGUCGGAGUGUUUUCCCCGGGGAAACAUCCUCGGGAUUUUCAGGUGUAGAAGCAGCUGAAGACUUCAACAGUGUUGGAUUGUGAAGCUGCCCAAACAUUUGGCGCCGUCUGUGGGAACCCGAACAAGAAGUUGUGUGACUAAACCUGCUGAAAGACAAAAUGGUCCGUACCUUUACAGGAGGUCGCCCUCCAAGAAAUGAAAUGGACGAACAGGAGGAUGCUCACAUAUCUGAGCCCGGCUUGAAUGACUUUAGGCCAAUGCCAAGAAAUCUUUUUGUAGGAGGAGUCGAACAGGAUCACCUAAGUGAGACGGAUGAUGAAAGAACACCAACUGGGUAUGCAACCCAGCCUGAACAGUUCCAAGUUCCAACAGGAACAAGACAAAGAUCUGCCAGACCGUACAAUUCACAGCGUGAACGACCUGAAAGGUCAACAGAGCCUGCUCGAACAACCGAGCUCGAAGAGAGAACCAGAGUUCUCGAAAUGGCAAUGGGUAAAAUCCUUGCCCGUUUAAUCCCUGAUGAUCCCUUGAUUCCUUUGCUGAACAGAGAUACACAACCGGCUGCGGUUGUUGCAACUCGAAAUUCCCCCGCUCUCAGCAUCAUAGUAGUGCCGACCAGGCCAAGGGGAAGUGGGAAGUUGAAUAUCGAGCCCAGCUCGUCCAAACAUAGUGAAGAACUAAUGAGAAAGAACGCAGACCUUGAAAGACAGCUGCGGGACGUACAAAAGUCUAUUGACGAGCUGAAAAGUCCCAGGUCGCAUCAACAGACUCUGGAUUUGGAUAGUGCGCCACUAAACUUAUCCAUUACGGCAGAGCCGUAUCAAGAGGGAUUCAGAAUUCCCCACCUGGAGACAUAUGAUGGCUCGGGUGACCCUGAUGAACAUCUGCACACCUAUCAAGCCAUCAUGAGAAUCCAAAACGCCAAUGAUACCAUGAUGUGCAAAGUGUUCCCAGCAACACUCAAGUCAACAGCCAGGAGAUGGUAUCACAAACUCCCCAGACAUUCAAUAGAUUCAUUUUCCCAGCUCGCCAAGCUGUUUUCUAACAAAUUUGCGAGCCAAAGGGAGAUCAAGGGCACAGCAACUGAGCUGAUGCAAGUUAACCAGAAGGAAGGGGAGUCUUUGAGGGAUUACAUGCAGCGGUUCAACAAAGCCACCUUGGACAUUGAUAAUGUCCCAGACACGAUUUGCCUGUUCGCCCUGUUGCAUGGGUUGAAGCGUGACCGGUUCCUAGACGACCUGCUUGAAAACCCACCUAAGACGUGGAACGAGGUGAAUGACAGGUCGGCUAGCUUCAUACUGUCAGAGGACUUUCAGUCGUCCAAGCGACGAGCUGAUGAUAAGCCGAGCAAAGGCCAGGAACAACAACCGAGGAGAGAAGAGAAGAAGAAGCAGAAGGUCAGUGAGCAAUGGGGGAAACCAGCUGAGUUCCCGAAAUAUGCCAAUUACAUUCCUUUGACCUUACCUAGGUCUCAAAUCCUGGCACAAAUUCAGCACUGGGUUAGGAGACCUCCACCCCCACUACAUGAUUCCCCGAGGGCAGACAAGAGCAAGCAUUGUGACUACCACCGUGCAUAUGGUCACAAUACAGAGGAUUGCCAACACUUGAAGGACGAGUUAGAGUUUUUGGCUCGUAACGGGAAGCUAGAAGGGUAUGUUCAGAAGCCUCACACCCAGCAACCCACUCAAACCCAUUUUGUACAAGCGUACGACCGACCUCAAGGACAGAGGUACCAGCACGGUGAGACGCAGGAUGCAUAUCAGGAUAACCAGUAUCCUUUUGAACAGGGCAGAGCAUACCGAGGACGUCCAUUCAACAGGAGAGGACAGGGACCAAGAACUACCGCCCCGAAUCAAAAAGACAGGAAAGGGGUAGGUUAUGCUGGGAUACCCCCACCUUCUGGUACCAUAAACAUGAUAUCGGGUGGUGUUCACUCUGGGGGCCAAAGCGCCCGAGGUCGUAAGACGUAUGCACGCCAGGUGAUGACAGUUAACAAAAACAGACCUUUGAAACGCCCGUUUGAAGAAGCAGAAUGGGAAAAUGCUCUCAUCACAUUCAGCCCGGCGGACUAUAAGCGAGCAGAAGGAGAGCCCAAUGUUAUGAUGCCGCAUGCUGAUCCUUUUGUGGCAACGGUUCAUAUAGGCGAUCAUAAUGUCAACAAAGUCUUUGUUGACACGGGUAGCUCGCCGGAUAUCCUGUAUUGGAGUUGCUUUCAGAAAAUGCAGCUGAAUCCAAAUUCACUGCAGAAAUAUGAAGGGCCUAUAUAUGGGUUUGACAAUCAGCCCGUCCCGGUUGAAGGAAUCAUUACCCUACCCAUCUAUGUGGGCUCGGAGCCACGGUUUAGGAUGGCUUCCGUUACCUUCCUGGUCGUCAAGAUGGAGUCAGCUUUCAACGCUAUAUUGGGAAGAGCUACCCUUUGCGAGCUGAAGGCUGUCAUCUCACAACCACAUCUCUGCAUGAAAUUCCCAACUCCUUAGGGGGUAGGAGUGCUUAAAGGGA